AAAAUGUGAGUCGUGAGCCAUUCGUUAGGCACUAGUGAGUGGCUGAAAAUUGAAAAAAAAAACGAACGUUUGAUCGAAGCGUUUGAUCCUUGUUGAUAUUGUUUUUAUUAUUUCUCCACCGAUGUUAGUACUUGCGAGAAAAAAACAUGUCGUCGCGUCGGCGAAAUCGUUCUCCUUUUAAAAUUAAGUUCUUUUGUACAAAAUAUUGUUCAAACAGUCGCGAAUUGUGUCGAAAAUAUGUUCAUACGCGAGUUCAAUGCGUGCCGAUAAAAAUAAUUAGCUCGGAAUAGUCGGGUUCGUGGUUGCGACUUGCAACAAAAGACGGGCAAUCGUCGUCGUUAAAAAGUAGUUUUUUUUCGGUCUCGUUCCAUUUGUGCUUCAGCUUCAAAGAACCAGCGAAUCAGCCCACUUCAACACCCAGGAACGGUCAACUAAAAAUUAACGAAAAUCGCUCCCAUAACUUUCGCUGGCUCCGCCUCAGAUUUUAUGCAUUUAAUAUAUGCAAAGCGAUGUGCGCGUGCGGUGAGGUUUCAAACACCAUCGCUUGUGGGACUGCUGAGUGUUGCUGACGAUGGUUGUUGGCUGUAAGUGCUGCGGAAUCAUCGGGAUAUGCCAGUCUGCAUAUAGUACAUCCUGAAGACGGGAUGGCCAGGUGUUGGUUGAUGUUUAGUAACCCAGCAGAGAGAGAAAAGCACCAGUCGUUAUCAAUUAGUGUAUCAUUAGAGCCAGCAAACAUUAUCGUUACGGGAAUGCAACGAGAGCAAAUGUCGAUGACCAAGGUAAGCACGCUACUGACGCUACCCCGUGCUGCGCGGUACGGUACGGAGCGACUGAUCGGAGUUGUCGCCUUGAACCCACCCAACAUCAUCUUCGAUACCAAGGUUACGAGAAAGCAAAAGAAUCAGGUCGAAUGCAAAAGAAAGGAGGUUGAGGCAAUCAGUUCGAUGGUGCAGAUGAAAACCGUUGUCUAUUUGGGCAAAAGGACACCGUUUUGUCCAAUGUCGGUGUAAUAGUGCAUGUUUCAAUAGCAAUAAUAUGAAAAGAAGAUUUCCAAAAAGUGUUUACUGUUUAGGCACCUACCUACUAAAGGAUCGAGUGUUAUUAUUUGUAAAAUUAUAAUACAUAGUGUAGUGUGUACUCCGGGAAAACAACACGGGAUCGGAUUAUGUAUUGGCCAUGUGGCCAGGAAAAAUAUAAUGUGAACAACCAGACGCAGAAAGAUCUGGCCAAGCUGGGAAGCUAGUAUGAUCGACAGCCCAUGGCCAUGAGUGAAAGUGGAAGAUCAAAGUAAAAUGUUUUGGGGGAGUGCUUGAGAAUUGCCGACUCAGUCAGAAGUAACUUCGUUCUAAAGUGACAAUAUACCCGACCUUGGAGCACCUUCAAACGAUUUACCAAAGGCCAAAUGCGGAUGACAAGUCAUCUACGAGACCAAGAUCAU